CAACGCCAAGGGAAACCUCCCCACCACCACCAACACUGUAAUUCGACUCGUGCCCUCCUGUCCUCCUGUCUGCGACCGGCUGCUAGCUGCGAACGGAAGGCGUAUUGACCUGCUCGUCAUCCGUAGUUCAGACAUCUCGGCUGCAUUCCGCAACCGUUGAAAAGCUCGCUUUCAAGGUCACUACGACGUGCUCACUCACGCGCCCGAUACCGCUCCGCAUCUGUCUUCUAGAUUGCUCUCUCGCUGAGCCCAGCCGCAUCGUAGGCGAGUUGCCUGGAAGCCAGGAGGCGUCAUCGCCCUUCAAAAGCUCGGCAUGGAAGAGUGUCUCGACGGUAUCGACGCCAUCCCCAUGCGCGGCUACUGUACGGUCCUCGUCGGCCAGCCCGUGAGAUCCCGUAUCCGGACGCCGACGAGGGCCGCAGUUUCGACCAACGGCCGCUUCAUCCAGGCGCUGCGCAAGAAGGCGAAGCAGGCGGCGGGCGUCGACGUGAUUGAGGCGACCGUCACCGAGCUCGUCGAAUGUCAGGUCACAGGGCGUGUCCUCUGCGUGCGCGCGAUACGCAAGCAAGAUGGAGGCGAGGGAGCACAGAUGGCGGCGGCGGAGAAGGAAACAUUUCUGGCGGACCUGACGGUCGUUGCGGACGAGUGCUUGUCCAACGUUCGGACAAAGGUGCUCGGGGAGGUGGGUGUAAAGCCUGCGCUCAAGAGCCACUUUGUGGGCGUCAUGUGCGCCUGCCGGUUGCUCAGCAUGGCACAGUCGCGCUCAUGAAAGGACACGGCCCGAUGCUGCUCUGAUAGAUUGGCCAGGAUGACACACGUAUGCUCGUCGACCUCAAGGAUCCUUUGGCGAGUGACACGCACAUGUAUAUGGCCACCGUUCGUUUUCCAGCUGACGUACAUGUGUGCGGUACCUCAGACUCCGU